AUGUUUGUUUGUCGUCCUUCUAGUUUAAAUUUUAUCAAACAAACCGUUGGAUAUCCUAAAUUUAAUACUAGAUUUUCUACGAGUUACUUAAAUCAAGCUAGAUCUUUAUCCAAUUCGUUAAAAAUGUCCGCUCCUGCUACUACUCAAGUUGAAAUUUUGCAAGAAGGUGAUGGAAAGACCUUCCCAAAGCCAGGUGAUUUAGUCACCAUUCACUACACCGGUACCUUAGAAAACGGUAAGAAGUUUGACUCUUCGCGUGACAGAGGUAAGCCAUUCCAAUGCACAAUUGGUGUUGGUCAAGUAAUUGUUGGAUGGGACACUGGUAUCCCUAAAUUGUCGGUUGGAUCUCGUGCUAAGUUGUCGAUUCCAGGCCAUGAGGCUUACGGCGACAGAGGAUUCCCAGGUUUGAUUCCACCUAACGCUACUUUGCUCUUCGACGUUGAAUUGUUGAACGUCAAUUAG